AUGGAAGAGAAUGUGUUCAGCGUGCAGCAGAUCCAGCCCAACGUCAUCUCAGUGAGGCUCUUCAAGCGCAAGGUGGGCGGCCUCGGCUUCCUGGUGAAGGAGCGCGUCAGCAAACCACCCGUCAUCAUCUCAGACCUGAUCCGGGGAGGGGCUGCAGAGCAGAGUGGCCUCAUCCAGGCUGGGGACAUCAUUUUAGCAGUCAAUGGCAGGCCCUUGGUGGACAUGAGCUAUGAGACGGCGCUGGAGAUCCUGAGAAGCAUCGCUUCCGAAACCUACGUGGUCCUCAUCCUGCGGGGCCCCGAGGGCUUCACCACGCACCUGGAGACCACUUUCACAGGCGACGGGACGCCCAAAACCAUCCGUGUGACCAGACCCCUCUGCCCCACUCCAAAGGCAGUUGACUUGUCCAACCCCAGCCUGCAGAGCAAAGAGCUGCCAGGAGCUGAGAGCACCAUGGGCUCCCUGUGGACGAGAGAGAUGGGGAGGGAGGUGGAGCCAGCGCUUCAUGUUAACGGCGUCGUUCCAGGCAGCAAAGGGCAGGAUGGUGGCAAGGGGAAGGAGGGGGCUUGUGGUCCCCCUUGUCUCAAUGGUGGUGUGGAAGACAAUGAACUGCUCAAAGAAAUCGAGCCUGUCCUGGACCUCUUGAAGAGCAGCAGUAAGGACAGCGAUGGAGAUGCACCGUCCAAGGUAGAGACAAGAGAUAUAGAAGUCCAGGUGGACUGUUUCAGGGAAGGGGAAAACAAGCUGCAGAAAGCCUUACCAGCUCAGAUGGAGAAUGACCGUGUCUUCGGUGACUUGUGGGGGAAAAGCAACGUGCCCGUGGUCCUGAACAACCCCUACUCUGAAGCACAGCAGGUAACGCCGUCCGGGCGCCAGUCCCCAACUAAGAGCACGGUGAAUGGGAGCCCUUCCAAAUGCCCACGCUUCAUGAAGAUCAAGAACUGGGAGACAGGCUCUGUGCUUCAUGACACUCUGCACCUCAAGACAGCAAUGGCCACUGCAUGCACUGAGCAGAUCUGCAUGGGCUCAGUGAUGACUCCCAGCCAGCACAUCCGCAAGUCAGAAGAUACCAGGACAAAAGAGGAGGUGCUGCUCUUGGCUAAGGACUUCAUUGAUCAGUACUAUGCCUCCAUAAAGAGAUCUGGCUCCAAGGCUCACAUGGAAAGGCUGGAGGAAGUGACCAAGGAGAUUGAAGCCACUGACACCUACCAGCUGAGGGACACAGAGCUGAUCUACGGAGCCAAGCACGCCUGGAGGAACGCAGCCCGCUGCGUGGGCAGGAUUCAGUGGUCCAAGCUGCAGGUGUUUGAUGCACGGGACUGCACCACAGCCCAUGGGAUGUUCAAUUAUAUCUGCAACCACAUCAAAUAUGCCACCAACAAAGGGAACCUCAGAUCUGCCAUCACCAUCUUCCCGCAGCGGACGGACAGCAAACACGACUUCCGCAUCUGGAACGCUCAGCUCAUCCGCUACGCCGGCUACAAACUGCCUGAUGGCACCAUCCUGGGAGAUCCUGCCAACGUGGAGCUGACAGAGAUCUGCAUCCAGCAAGGGUGGAAGGCACCACAUGGCCGCUUCGACAUCCUGCCCCUGCUCCUCCAAGCCAACGGCAACGACCCAGAGCUCUUCGAAAUCCCCCCAGAGCUCGUGCUGGAGGUGCCCAUCCGACACCCCAAGUUUGAAUGGUUUAAGGACCUGGGCCUGAAGUGGUAUGGUUUGCCAGCAGUUUCCAACAUGCUCCUUGAGAUUGGUGGCUUGGAGUUUUCUGCCUGCCCCUUCAGUGGCUGGUACAUGGGCACGGAGAUUGGGGUCCGGGACUACUGUGACAACUCUCGCUACAACAUACUGGAGCAAGUGGCCAAGAAAAUGAAUCUGGAUAUGAGGAAAACCUCCUCACUGUGGAAGGACCAGGCCUUGGUGGAGAUCAACAUUGCUGUGCUCUACAGCUUCCAGAGUGACAAGGUGACCAUUGUGGAUCACCACUCAGCCACUGAAUCCUUUAUCAAGCACAUGGAGAACGAGUACAGGUGCCGUGGGGGCUGUCCUGCCGACUGGGUCUGGAUUGUCCCACCGAUGUCUGGCAGCAUCACCCCAGUUUUCCAUCAGGAAAUGCUCAACUACCGUCUCACACCUUCCUUUGAGUACCAGCCCGACCCCUGGAACACCCACGUCUGGAAAGGGGUCAAUGGGACACCUACCAAGAAAAGGGCCAUUGGCUUUAAGAAGUUAGCAAAGGCUGUGAAGUUCUCAGCCAAGUUGAUGGGACAGGCCAUGGCCAAGAGGGUCAAAGCAACCAUCCUGUAUGCCACUGAGACAGGGAAGUCCCAGGUCUAUGCAAAAACUCUGUGUGAGAUCUUCAAGCAUGCCUUUGAUGCCAAGGUGAUGUCCAUGGAUGAGUAUGACAUCGUGCACCUAGAGCAUGAAACCAUGGUCCUGGUAGUCACAAGCACCUUUGGGAAUGGAGACCCACCUGAGAAUGGAGAGAAAUUUGGCUGUGCAUUGAUGGAGAUGAAGAACCCCAACUCCCACCUGGAGGAGAAGAAGAGCUACAAGGUCCGUUUCAACAGCGUCUCCUCCUACUCGGAUGCACGGAAAUCCUCAAGCGAUGGCCCUGACUCCAGAGACAACUUUGAGAGCACAGGGCCCUUGGCUAAUGUCAGGUUCUCUGUUUUUGGGCUGGGGUCACGUGCUUACCCCCAUUUCUGCGCCUUUGCCCGGGCUGUGGACACCCUCCUGGAGGAGCUGGGUGGAGAGAGGAUCCUCCGCAUGGGAGAAGGGGAUGAGCUCUGUGGCCAAGAGGAAUCCUUCAGGACCUGGGCCAAGAAGGUUUUCAAGGCAGCGUGUGACGUGUUCUGUGUGGGGGACGAUGUCAACAUUGAGAAAGCCAACAACUCCCUCAUCAGCAACGACCGGAGCUGGAAGAGGAGCAAGUUCCGCCUGACCUACGUGGCUGAGGCUCCUGAGCUCACCCAAGGACUGUACAGCAUCCACAAGAAACGUGUCUAUGCAGCCCGGCUCAUCACACGUCAGAACCUGCAGAGCCCCAAGUCCAGCCGCCUGACCAUUUUCCUGCGCCUCCACACCGAUGGGCACCAGGAGCUGCAGUACCUGCCCGGGGACCACCUGGGCGUGUUUCCAGGGAACCAUGAAGACUUGGUCAAUGCCCUCAUUGACAGGCUUGAAGAUGCCCCUCCAGCCAACCAGCUGGUGAAGGUGGAGCUCCUGGAGGAGAGGAACACAGCUCUAGGUGUCAUUAGCAACUGGACAGAUGAGAACCGUGUCCCACCGUGCACCAUCUUCCAGGCUUUUAAGUACUAUUUGGACAUCACCACCCCUCCCACACCGCUGCUGCUGCAGCAGUUUGCUUUGUUGGCCACCAGUGACAAGGAGAAGAAACGCCUGCAGGUCCUUAGCAAGGGCUUGCAGGAGUAUGAGGAAUGGAAGUGGUCCAAGAACCCCACCAUUGUGGAGGUGCUGGAGGAGUUCCCCUCAGUGCAGAUGCCCUCCACACUGCUGCUCACACAGCUCCCUCUUCUCCAACCACGCUACUACUCCAUCAGCUCCUCCCCAGAGAUGUACCCAGGAGAGGUCCAUCUCACUGUGGCAGUGGUCUCCUACCGCACCAGAGAUGGAGAAGGACCCAUCCACCACGGCGUCUGCUCCUCUUGGCUCAAUCGGAUACAGCCCGAUGAAGUCGUGCCCUGCUUCGUAAGAGGGGCACCUGGGUUCCACCUGCCCCAGGACCCCCAGGUGCCCUGUAUCCUCAUCGGCCCUGGCACCGGCAUCGCCCCUUUCCGCAGCUUCUGGCAGCAGCGGCUGUUUGACAUCAAGCACAAAGGUCUGAAGCCUUGUCCCAUGGUCCUGGUAUUUGGCUGCAGACAGUCCAGGAUCGAUCACAUCUACAAGGCAGAGACGCUCUUUGCCAAAAGCCAAGGUGUCUUCAGAGAGCUGUACACAGCCUACUCCCGGGAACCAGACAAACCAAAGAAAUACGUGCAGGACGUGCUACAGGAGCAGCUGGCCCAAACUGUGUUCAAAGCACUGAAGGAGCAGGGAGGCCACAUCUACGUCUGUGGGGAUGUCACCAUGGCUGGGGACGUCCUCAAGACCGUUCAGCGCAUCGUGAGGCAGCAGGGCCAGCUGUCUGCAGAGGAGGCAGGAGCUUUCAUCAGCAAGCUGCGGGAUGACAGCCGGUACCACGAGGAUAUUUUUGGGGUCACCCUGCGCACGUACGAAGUGACCAACCGCCUUAGAUCCGAGUCCAUUGCCUUCAUCGAGGAGAGCAAAAAAGACACGGAUGAGUGA